CUGCUGUUGAAUAUUACCGGGAGACGCGCUUCGGUUUGCGUGUAGCCCAAGCAGGAAAAGCAAAUAAGCAUUGUUCGUAAUUGAGACAUGACACACUCGCUGUGGUCAUCUGUAACGUCUGGGAAGUGGAACUCCACUGGUGUUUGUGGUCCUCGGCAUCUACAAUGGCUUCUAAACGGUCGACGGUUUCUGUGAGGUGUACUGCGGUGUGUAGUAUUGUGUUGGUUUCCGCGUUAUGGUGCGUGUCCGGACAAGAGUUCUCGGAGGUGGGCGCUGUUGAGCCGCGCCAACCGAAGCGUGUGGAACUGCUCACAGAAGCGCCGCCCGAGGACGCAACUGUGAAGGAUUUUGAGGAAGAGUUGAACAGUGUGCUGGGCGGACUGCUGGCCAAGGCACUGCCCGCUGCUUCCAAGUUCCUCGGUAGCGAGUACUUGACGCCCAGGUGUACCAGUGCGUUGCUCAAGACGUCCUUGGCUCUCCGGAAUAAGGAUGCAUGGGCUCUACGAUUGUCUACGUCGUCCGGAGGGAUUCCUGCAAAUCUCUUCGAAGGCGGCACAGCCAGCUUGGGCAGCUUCCAACAGUGCGUCAAUGCUCGGGCCCACGACCCUGCUGGCAGGGAAGAUUUUAAGGGCAUGUACUGCAGUCUCUACCUGCAGCCUCCUGAGUCAUUCACGCAACGCAUGACGGCGAGGCUCAACGCAAUCGGCCAAUGGGAGGGCCGGAAGAAUCAAAGUGCGUGGAACAAACACCCGAGAGGACACUUCGCCGGUUACCGAAUCGGUUUGUGUGCGCCGUCUGCUUGCGAAGAAGAAGAAAUCGACUACGUCGUACAGCUGUCACUUGAAGACUACGGCGCCAAUACUACCGUUAGAAGAUGUGUAACGGACGAUCCUCAGCCAAUCCUGUUGCUUCACAUUCUCAUAUUUGUCUUCAUUGCCGUCUCUGUGGGAACCGUUUUCCUCGGCACGUGUUUGGAACUGUACGAUAUCAACUACAGGAUCAAGUACCCGGAGAAGCCCAUACUAGCAUUGCCAGCUCGCAUGCUUCUAUGUUUCUCAUGCAUCCGCAACUUAAAAAAACUCACCAGCACUCGAGUAGAGAAACAAUCACUGGAAGAGUCCCUGCAGUUCAUCUGUGGCAUCAAGGUAGCCAUGACCCUGUGGGUCAUCCUUGGAAACGCGUACCUGACCACGCAGUGGGACACAUUCGAUAACGGCAACGCAGCUAUCGACUUGCCGAGGACGGUGCCCUUCCAGUUGGCUGCGAGUUCUUUCCUGGCACCGUCUACCUUCUUCUUUAUAAGCGGUUUCCUAGUCUGCUACAUCGCCAUGGUGAAUUCCGAGACAGUGUACGGCAGAAACUAUCUAGGCCUUUACGCCGUGAUGGUCAUCAGGAGGUACAUCAGAUUGACCGUGCCUGCAGUGCCCGUCCUGUUAUAUUUCUUCCUGUUUCCGCUCUUCAUAUCUGGCCCAAUGGCGAAGGACCUGAUGGACAGAGAAGUAAGCGGAUGCUACAAGAACUGGUGGUCUGUCCUGGGUCACGCCGUCAACUACGUGCCCUACGAAGAAAGGUGCUUGUCCCACCUGUGGUACAUCAGUAACGACAUGCAACUGUUCCUCCUUGGUGGCGCUGUCGCUAUUAUGUGCGUCAGGAGCGUAUUGUGGGCCGCAACCUUAGUCUUCGCGAUCGGAACCCUGGGUCCGUACGCUGCAGGUUACAUGACGGACAGUCUGAAUCUCUUUGCUGGAGCCACUGUUGCCCCCGAUGACAUCAAUCGAAGUAUUCGCACGUUGGACUGGGCGUUCACUAUGCCCUACUCCAAUGCUGGACCUUACCUCGCAGGGGCAACAUGCGCCUACAUGUCCGCCAGCUGGCCUAACAUCAAAUUCACACGGCCGGUCGAGAUUGUCUUCUGGAUGUGUUCAAUGGGCUGCAACCUGGUACUCGUGUUCAUGCCCCUGCUCUGGAACCUGAGCGACGAUCCGAAGAGGUACAGACUCCUAGAGGCCUUCUACGGGGGUGGUCAUCGACUCGUCUGGGGGAUUUCUUGGUCAUGGGUAUUCUACGCCUGCGUUACAGGAAGAGCAGGGCUCGUGAAAAGGGCACUGUCUUGGAAAGGAUUCUUGGUGCCCGCUCGGCUGACCUUUGGAGUUUACCUGGUUCACUAUUUAGUCUACGUCGCUCGUACUGGAGUGUCUACAACGACGCUGCAGCUCAACGAAUUUCUGCAGGUGAAGGACGCGCUGGGUGUCGCUGUCAUCAGCUACUUCCUUGCCCUUCUCCUCUACCUCCAAUAUGAAGCCCCGAUGAUGAACGGGUUGAAGCUGGCAUCCGACUUCAUUUCUUACACGUACGAAGAAUUCAAGAAAAGCCGUGCAGCCAAAAGAAAAGAGAAGGAGAUCAUCGAAGACACCAUAAUGGGUCCUACAAUCGUGCACUUUCCGGAUCCCAACGACCCGGGAUUAGAAAUGAUCAAGAUGGCCAGUAGGUCGAAUAGCAGACAAUCUUCCCUUGCCGGAUCUUUCUGUUCGUUGGGCAUCGGUGAAAGUGCAGUUCUGCCCGGGACUUCCGAUGUCGAUAUUGAUAUAGAUGAGCUGGAUAAGGCGGAUAAGGUGCAAGAACAUUUAUAGAUUUUCCUGUAAUAUAUAUAUUUUAAUACGAAUUAUAUCUUUGCUUAUGCAUA